AUGUUGAAUAUCGGGUUAUCUAGCGGUGGAAUGAGAUAUCACGCCCCACCGUUCACAUCCUCAACAUCCUCCACGUCUCUGUGUUUGUCUACGUCUUCGAGAAGCUCAUCAGAGAUAUUCCUCUUAACCAGAUAUAAUACCACUUGUUGGUUGUUGGGCAGCAGCAGUUAUGCAGGAGAAACUGUGCAGGCGUAUUCUUCCUGUUAUGUCACAUCUCCGAACAUUAAUAAUUGGUUAAGAACACCAUAUAUCGAGCGAGGUGACGCGGAGCGCCUGCACAUAGAGAUGACAUUUACAAUGCGAAAAUGCGUUCGGCACAACGACCCAAGUAGCUUGCAGCAAUGCAAGGAGACGUUUAACCUUUACUAUUAUGAGGCCGAAUCGGAUUUUGCAAACCACCAGAUGCCGACCUGGCAGCCCAACGUCUAUUCAAAGAUAGAUACAAUUGCUGCUGACACUCUGUAUGUGCAACCGCGUAAGGUGGAAGUAAACAACGAGACCAAACACGUCACCAUCAAGCGAAAAGGAGUAUAUUUCGCCUUCCAGGACACGGGCGCAUGUAUAACAUUGCUUUCUGUCAGGAUCUUUUAUGUUACCUGUCCGAACGUUACGGUUCGCUACGCUUUUUUUAUGGAGACGCCGACAGGUCCGACCGUCUCGUCCUUGGUGCAAAAGAAAGGUGUGUGUGUGGGAAACGCCGUCGAGGAAUCGAACCCGACUUACCUAUGUCGAAGCGAUGGCAGCUGGGAUAUCCUUAUGGGCAGCUGUAAAUGCUUACCCGGCUAUCAGGGUAUUAACGGCACAAAAUGCGUCAAAUGUCCAGUUGGAACAUACAAAUGGCAUGCUUCCAAUGAACUUUGUCUCAAGUGUCCAAAGUAUUCCUAUGCUAACGGUGAGGGCGCGGAAGAAUGUACAUGUGAGAAUCGAUACUAUCGCCACAAAGAUGAUGACCGUUCUCUACCUUGCACACAACCACCAUCGCCCCCACAGAAAUUAACGAUCCGAAGUGUAAACACGACAUCAGUAACUUUGUCGUGGUGGCAUCCUCGCAGUAAUGGUGGCCGAAAUGAUCUCACCUAUCGUGUAGAGUGCAAUAAAUGUGACAAAAACGUGAAAUAUAUCCCAAAAAUGAAGGGUUUUAUUUCCACCAUGGUAACUUUGACUGGUUUGAUACCAAGCGAGGAGUACGUUAUUCAGAUCUUGGCCGAGAAUGGAGUUUCCGACGUCAGCAAGCAAAAGCGGGGUGUGAAUGUCACCGUUGUCACUGAGGCAUCAGGUAAGACCCACUAA